AAAUGGAGGGAGGUGAUAGGAUAGGGGAUUGGGAAUGCCGGUUUGGAUUCUCAAAAGCAAACCUAUACCCAUAGGCCAUAGUAGUGACUAGUGGAGUAAAGUGGAGUCCAAAGAAUCUAACAAAUAAUAAAUCGAAGCGGCGAAGGAAAUCACUCUCUCCCAUUUUCUGUUUCCUCGUUUUCAACUUUUUGUUUCAACGAGGGUUGAGCUUUGGUUUUGGUUUUUUCUUUCCCUCUUUGGCUCUUUCAGAUCUAGGGCCAAAUCCCGCUUCCCUCGACUAGCCGUUAAGCCCCACUUUCCCAUUACCUUCUCUGCUCUUUGCUACCUUCUUGAUCGUUAGUUUAUUGGGUUUGAUCCCAUUUUUGUUUUUGUUGGUUUCCGAGUUCUCACUGACCAGAAAUGUCGGCCGUGGAAACGGAAAACAAGCCAGAGGAGGAAAAAACGACGGUGAAAGAAGGUGGAGAGUUAUUGUUCUGUGGAGCAACCAACUGGAAUUCUAUCGGUCGUCGAGGAGCUCCGGCGGAAUCGAACUUGGUCUCCCCAACUCGCUUGCGUCCACUUGUUGGCAUCGACAUUCGUUUUGUUGCUUCGGGUUGCACUUCUUGCCAUUGUGUAGCGUUGGAUGUUGAAGGUCGCUGCUAUACUUGGGGUAGGAAUGAGAAGGGACAGCUGGGACAUGGAGAUUACCUUCAGCGUGAUAGGCCUACAGUCGUGUCGGACCUGUUGAAACACAAAAUCAUUAGAGCAGGUGCCGGUAGGGCUCAUGUUGUGGUUGUAACUGAAGAUUGCAACUCCUUCUCUUUUGGAUGGAACAAGCAUGGGCAACUGGGUUCUGGUUCAAUAAAGAAUGAAUUUGAGCUAUCACCAGUCCGCUGUCUGGUUUCUGAUGUCACAAAUGCUGUUUGUGGGGGUGACUUUACUGUGUGGCUAUCUUCUGUUGAAGGAUCUUCAAUAUUAACUGCUGGUCUUCCACAAUUUGGUCAACUUGGACAUGGAACAGACAAUGAGUACAAUACUAAAGAAGGUUCGGUGAGACUUGCUUACGAAGCCCAGCCUCGCCCGAGAGCUAUAGCUUCUCUUUCAGGAGACACUAUUGUAAAAGUUGCAUGUGGCACAAAUCAUACAGUUGCUGUGGACUCAGAAGGCUUCGUCUAUACGUGGGGAUUUGGUGGCUAUGGAAGACUUGGACAUAGAGAGCAGAAGGAUGAAUGGGUUCCUCGUCGGAUUGAAUUCUUUCAAAGACAACAUGUUCUACCUCCUAAUGCAUUGGUUUCAGCUGGUUCUGUUAAUUCUGCAUGCACUGCUGAUAUUUCUCGUUUUUGGACUAUCUGGGCCUUGGAGACUUUUGCACACGAUCAGAAAAGUUCAUGCUGUGGCCUCUUCCUUGAACAUCUCAUUGGAAUGGAAACGCAGAUUGUUUACACCCUUGGAACAACUUGGAAACCAAGGCAUGGUGAAUUUUUGUGUUUAGUUGGAGGGCAGUUGUUUAUGUGGGGCAAGAUAAAGAAUACAGGCGAUGAUUGGAUGUAUCCAAAGCCUUUAAUGGAUUUAAGUGGCUGGAAUAUACGUUGCAUGGAUUCAGGCUCUAUGCACCAUUUCUGUGGUGCUGAUGAUUCAUGUAUAAGUUGGGGACAUGCUGUGAAUGGUGAGCUUGGAUAUGGCCCUGAUGGUCAAAAGUCUUCUACGACUCCCAAAAAGGUUGAUAUAUUAGAGGGUAUGCAUGUUAUCAGUGUUGCUUGUGGAUUGGGCCAUUCUCUGAUUGUUGUUGAUAGAACAAAUGUUGGUGACCGACUUGACCAGCUCAAUAUUUAUGAUGGCAAAGCUUCUGCUGAAGUUAGUGAAGAACCCGAGAGCAAAAAUUCAGCAGUCAAGAGAACUGGGAUAAGGAAUGCUGCUAAGGCUUCUGCUAACUCGGAGAAAAGGAAGAAGCCUUUGGAAUCUGACUCCAAAGAUGAAGAGGAACAUAGUGAUGAAGAUGAUAGUAGUGAAGAGGAUGCUAAUGGCCAGCAAGAAGAGAAGCAACGUGGUGGUAAAUCAUCUGGUAGAGGUCGAGGUAGGGGUGCAAAACAACUUCCAAUGGAGGAGAAGUCAUCGGGGCGUGGUCGGGGAAGGCCUCCUGCUGAGGAGAAGAAAAGUUCUCAGCGUGGCCGGGGGAGGGGAAAAGCAGGAAAGAGAGGGAGGCCCAGCAAGUGAUAGGUUUCUUCUCAUAUCCCAACCAGAAUUUUGUUCAUUUCGUAGAAAAUCAUAUUAUUUUCAUUGCUACUAUCUGAUUGAUGCUUUACUUUCAAUGAUUCUAAUCUUAUUGUGUUUGUCAUUGACAUUACUAUUGAACUAACAAUUUGGGUUUAACCCAAUUCCGAUGGAAGAAUGGAUGGAGCAAAAGCUCCCACAGUUGUAACCUUAAUACCUAUUUCACAAUAUCAAGGGCCAUUUUUCUCA